AGGGACUGAAGGAGACAAAGUGACUGUUCGGCGCCAGGGGAAUAGUAUUACAGUAAAGGAAAGGACUGGGUAGCACAAAAAUGGCUAAAAGAUUUUACGACCUUACGGCCAAAUUAUUAACGGGAGAAACCUUUAAUUUCUCCUCCCUGCAGGGCAAAGUUGUCCUCAUUGAGAAUGUCGCGUCUCUCUGAGGUACGACCACCAGGGAUUACACCCAGAUGAACGAGCUCCACCAGCGGUACGCCAGCAACGGGCUCGUUAUCCUGGGGGUGCCCUGCAACCAGUUCGGCCAUCAGGAGAACUGCAAGAAUGAAGAAAUCCUUCUGUCUCUGAAGUAUGUCCGUCCUGGAAAUGGCUUUGAGCCGCGGUUUCAGCUCCUGGAGAAAGUGGAUGUGAAUGGGAAGGAUGCUCAUCCCCUGUUCAUGUUCCUGAGAGAGAGUCUCCCAUUCCCCAGUGACGAGCCGUCCACCCUCAUGAACGACCCAAAGUUUAUCAUCUGGAGCCCGGUCUGCAGGAACGACAUAGCCUGGAACUUCGAGAAGUUCCUCAUCGGGUCUGAUGGAGUGCCGUUCAAGCGUUACAGCAGGAGGUUCCUCACCAGCGACAUCGAAGGAGACAUCAAGAAGCUCCUCAACCUGGCGAGCUAAUGAAUCGUCCUCCAAAAUGUUGUUUUACCAUUCUACAGUUUCCACUUGCACCAAGCUCUCAGCACUUAGCCAUCAUGUGAAUCCCUUAACACAUGUAGGGAAACACUUUUGUGCUUUCUUUUCCCUCCAUAGCUUCUGUAGAUGGUUUAACACUUCUCCAGACUGCCUGUGCUCUCUUGUAUACGAUGGCUGUGUUCUGUUCUUUUACUAUAUGAAGACAUCCUCUGAAACCAACUAAGAUGUGAGGGGGGUAUCUGAUGAAAUGUAAAAGGCUGAACGUCUCAGCUCCAUUGAGUACAUGUAAAGCACUGCUGUGGUUUGAAGUAUUAAGAGGAGCAAUAAAUGAUUUUUUCCCCAAA